AUGGCGCUCACUCUAUCCAACGUAUUCCUCCACAAAAAUCUCCCCACUCCUUCACUCUCACUCGCCGCCAAGGUGAAGGGAGUGGUGGGCAGCAAUCAGAUGCGGUGGAGCUGCAGGAAAGGAGACAUACACCCCGAAUUCCACGAAGAUGCUAAGGUGUACUGCAACGGCGAGCUUGUGAUGACUACCGGCGGUACGAAGAAGGAGUAUGUGGUGGAUGUGUGGUCCGGCAACCACCCCUUUUACCUCGGCAGCCGCUCCCAAAACCUAAUCGACGCCGAUCAGGUUGAGAAAUUCCGGAAGAAAUACGCUGGCCUUUCCCAAAUUAUGACGAUUCCUGAUCUCAAGGGUGAAAUCGUCAUUCCUCCCAGGAAAAAAUCUGGCAAAGGUAAAAAAAAGUAG